GCAAAGAGAAGGCCAACAUUUCAUGGCCGGUGCCAUCGUCACCGGAUCUUUGCCUUAAAAUAACGACUUUGUCUGGCCAUACCCUUUACAACACUCCUUUUCUUCUUUUCUCCUGCCAUCUUCAUCGUCAUCUUCAUCUUCAUCCUCAUAAUUCAUUCAUUUCAUUCACACCCUUCUCUUUUCUCCCUCUCUCUGAAAUACAAAUCUCAAAAGCCUAAAAAGUUAGAGAGAGAAACACACGCACAGAGCAAUAAUUCACUUUUUCUUUCCAAGUAUCUCCUUCUCUCUCUCUCUCUCUCUCUCUUUCUCUCUUUAUUGCCAGCUCUGCGAGCUCGUCCUUCCCUUAACACCCAUUUUUCAUCUUUCUCAACCCCAUCAUUACCUUCACAGAGAGACCGAUCUCAGUUGACUCUUGUGGAAUUUCUAGACACCAGAACGUAGGAGUUCAAAGAUUAUCCUUUUUGGCUUUUCCUGAAACUGUGAUAGAGAAGGCUUUGAGGCAAUGUCUAGCUCUGCAAAGUUGGAUCCUGCAUUUCAGGGAGCGGGUCAGAGAGUAGGGGCUGAAAUUUGGCGAAUUGAGAGCUUUCAGCCUGUUCCAUUGCCAAAGUCUGAAUAUGGAAAAUUCUACAUGGGGGAUUGCUACAUUGUCUUGCAGACAACACAAGGCAAAGGAGGUGCUUAUCUCCUUGACAUACACUUCUGGAUUGGGAAAGAUUCGAGUCAGGAUGAAUCCGGAACGGCAGCUAUAAAAACUGUUGAACUUGAUGCGGUUCUUGGAGGACGUGCAGUACAGCACAGGGAAUUACAAGGACAUGAAUCUGACAAAUUUUUAUCAUACUUUAAACCUUGUAUUAUACCAUUGGAGGGCGGUGUCGCAUCAGGAUUUAAAACACCCGAGGAAGAAGAAUUUGAAACACGUCUGUAUGUUUGUAGAGGAAAACGAGUUGUCAGAAUGAAACAGGUUCCUUUUGCCCGGUCAUCACUGAAUCACGAUGAUGUAUUUAUCCUGGACACUCAGAAUAAGAUUUAUCAGUUCAAUGGUGCAAAUUCCAAUAUCCAGGAGAGGGCCAAAGCAUUGGAAGUAAUUCAGUUUUUGAAGGAAAAGUAUCAUGAGGGGAAGUGUGAUGUUGCAAUUGUUGAUGAUGGGAAGUUGGAUACUGAGUCAGACUCAGGUGAGUUCUGGGUCCUCUUUGGUGGUUUUGCUCCAAUUGGCAAGAAGGUCGCUAGUGAAGAUGACAUUAUUCCUGAGGCCACUCCUGCAAAACUUCAUAGCAUUACUGAUGGACAGGUGAAGAUAAUGGAAGGUGAACUAUCCAAAUCCCUGUUGGAAAACAACAGGUGCUAUCUACUAGACUGCGGUUCUGAGGUAUUUAUUUGGGUUGGCCGGGUGACGCAAGUGGAGGAGAGAAAAACCGCCAUCCAAAUGGCUGAGGAAUUUGUUGCUAGUCAAAAUAGGCCAAAAUCUACUCGUAUUACUCGGGUUAUUCAAGGUUAUGAGACGCAUUCAUUUAAGUCCAACUUUGAUUCUUGGCCCUUGGGCUCUGCUACUCCUGGCAACGAGGAAGGAAGAGGCAAAGUAGCAGCUUUGUUGAAGCAACAAGGGGUUGGUGUCAAGGGCAUGACAAAAAGUGCUCCCGUAAACGAGGAAGUCCCGCCUUUGCUUGAGGGAGGUGGAAAGAUGGAGGUAUGGCGCAUCAAUGGCAGUGCAAAGACUCCAUUGCCCAGAGAGGAUAUUGGUAAAUUUUAUAGCGGAGAUUGCUACAUUGUUCUCUAUACCUACCACUCCGGGGACAGGAAAGAAGAUUACCUUUUGUGCUGUUGGUUUGGAAAGGAUAGCAUCGAGGAGGACCAAAAAAUGGCUACUCGUUUGGCUAGUACAAUGUUCAACUCAUUAAAGGGGAGACCUGUUCAGGGUCGCAUAUUUCAAGGUAAAGAACCACCACAAUUUGUUGCACUUUUUCAACCUAUGUUGGUCCUCAAGGGUGGUCUGAGCUCUGGUUACAAAAAAUUUAUAGCUGACAAAGGUUUGGCGGAUGAAACUUACACGGCAGAUUCUGUUGCACUCAUUCAGAUAUCUGGAACUUCUGUUCAUAACAAUAAAGCAAUGCAAGUUGAUGCAGUCGCAACAUCUUUGAACUCUAUGGAGUGUUUUAUUCUGCAAUCUGGGUCUUCGAUUUUCACCUGGCACGGAAAUCAAUGUACCUUUGAGCAGCAACAGCUAGCUGCAAAAGUUGCAGAGUUUUUGAAGCCAGGAGUUGCUCUGAAACAUGCCAAAGAAGGAACAGAGAGCUCAUCCUUCUGGUUUGCCCUUGGAGGCAAACAAAGUUACACCAGCAAAAAAGUUGCUCAGGAGAUUGUCAGAGAUCCCCACUUGUUCACAUUCUCAGUCAACAAAGGAAAGUUUCAGGUAGAGGAAGUUUACAACUUUUGUCAGGACGAUUUGUUGACAGAGGAUAUCUUGAUACUCGACACACAUGCUGAAGUCUUUGUUUGGGUCGGUUGGUCAGUAGACUCAAAAGAAAAGCAAAAUACUUUCGAAAUUGGCCAGAAAUAUAUAGAGGUGGCUACUUCUCUCGAGGGGUUGUCUCCACAAGUACCACUAUACAAAGUUACUGAAGGAAAUGAACCAUGCUUUUUCACAACUUACUUUCAGUGGGAUCACACAAAAGCUGUUGUUCAAGGAAACUCAUUCCAGAAGAAGGUGGCGCAGUUGCUUGGGAUUGGCCAUGCUGUGGAGGAUAAAUCCCCCGGAAAUCAAGGAGGACCAACUCAAAGGGCUUCAGCUUUAGCUGCCUUAUCUUCUGCAUUCCAUCCAUCCUCUGGGAAAUCAGGCUAUGUGGACAAAUCCAAUGGGUCAAAUCAAGGACCUAGGCAAAGGGCCGAAGCUCUGGCUGCCCUAAACUCUGCAUUUAAUUCAUCCUCUGGAGCCAAAACUGCUGCUCCCAAGGCAUCCGCCGCAGGUCAAGGAUCACAAAGAGCAGCAGCAGUAGCUGCUCUUUCAUCAGUCCUUACUGCUGAAAAAAAGCGAUCACCUGAUGCUUCUCCUACUCGAUCCAGUAGCAGUCCUCCCCCAGAAAGUAAUGCUCCUGCAGAAGCAAAAAGUGAAAAUGUGCAUUCUGAAACAGAGGUUCCUGAAGAAGUUGCAGAAGUCAAGGAGACACAGGAAGUUGCAGCUGUAUCUGAAAGCAAUGGAGAGGAUUCUGAACCAAAGCAAGGGCAGGAGCAGCAUGAUAGUGGAAGUAGUAAAACAUUCAGUUAUGAUCAACUGAAGGCAAAAUCUGAUAAUCCAGCGACUGGAAUUGAUUUUAAACGGAGGGAGUUCUAUCUGUCAGACGAGGAGUUCCAGACUAUAUUUGGGAUAACCAAAGAAGCAUUCUAUAAAUUGCCCAAGUGGAAGCAAGACAUGCAUAAGAGGAAAUUUGAUUUAUUUUAGAGACCAAACUCACUGAAAGAGUGAAUCUUCCACCUUUUGCUUCUUUGUUCCCCAAUUAUGUUGAUUGGUAGAACAUUCCUGGUUUGCAAUGUGUUAGCAUUUUGCUAUCUGCCCUUGUUGAAAUAGCUGUGAUAGCAUCGGUAUUGAUUGUGAUGGCAUCUGAAGAGUGAUUCUUUUAUUUUUAUCCUUUUUUUAACUGCUGCUGCCUUUUGUAAUGGUCACACAGAUUCUAGUUUAAAGACUUUAGGCAUGUCAAAUUCUUUUAUUUGGUCAGUUAUGUAUUUCUUUUUGUGGUUA